AGCAAGGGUUGUUUUCCAAGAGUUGAAAAGAGGUUUUUGGGUCAGAGAGGACAACAACGGGGUAGGGGUUACUGCUCCGAAUUGAAGUUUCCCUUCUUUCUUUUUUCUUUACCUUUUUCUUUUUGGUUUUCAAUUUUAAGAAGAAAAAAUAGUAACAGUGAAGCUAUCAAACAAAAACCGGUUUCGUUUUGGUUUUACUUCUCCCAUAGUAAAAGGAGAAUUUGUUGUGGGGCGCUGUGCUUUAAUUAUGCUGCAGUGAAUUGAACACGCAGAGAGAGAGAGAGAGAGAGAGAGAGAGAGAGAGAGAGAGGGUCUUUUCUUCACCUUUGAUGGCUUAUUUAGGUGUUUUGUGGAGUGUCUCUGGCUACUACUGAUUGAGCUUCUGGGAUUCUAUUUUUUGUCGUUUGAUUCCUCUUCAAACCCAUUUCUCCAAAAUUCUUUUUUGUUCCUUUUUGAAUUUUCUUGUUGCUGUGUGGAGCCUUCCAAAUUUUGGGAUCUGGGUACUAGGGUUUGAAGGGUUUCAGCUUUUGACUUUCUCUCUCCUUGGGUUUCUCUCUCCUUUUCUGAGAAAUUGGGUUUGAAACCUAUUCUGGAUUCCAGACAAAAUAAAACCUUUAUUUUGUCUUUGUUGGGUUUCUUGUGAAAUGGUGAGCUGAGUUGUUUGUUUCUCUCUCUGAAACAAAAAUCUCAUGUUUUUCUUACAAAUUGGGUUGUUGGGGUGGUGUGGUGUUUAAGAUUCCAGAUUCCUUGUCUUGUUAGAGUUUUGUUGGUGAAGGAGUUGAAGCUGAAUUUGUUAUAGAUUGAUGUGAGGGGCUAAGCUAAAGCCCUCUUGUUUGUGUUGUUUGAAGUGUGUGAUAAUCUCUCAGAUUGGUUUGGGUGAGAAGAGGAGGAAGGUACUAAUACCAUGCAUCUCUCACUAUGGAAGCCCAUUUCACACUGUGCUGCACUGAUCAUGGACAAGAAGAGCAGGAGGAAAGACGAAUCCAAUGUUGACAUGAGGAGAAACCCAUCAAUGCUUCGGAAGCUGCAAGAGAACAAGCUCAGGGAAGCCCUUGAGGAAGCUUCUGAAGAUGGCUCACUCUCCAAAUCUCAAGACAUAGACCAGCCUGACUCUGCUGCCAACCAGGAUGAUGAUGGCCUUGGGAGAUCCCGAUCGCUCGCCCGGCUGCACGCCCAGCGCGAGUUCCUUCGCGCCACUGCUCUUGCAGCCGAGCGAAUCUUCGAGUCCCAGGAGGAAAUUCCCAGCCUCCAGGAAGCAUUUGCCAAGUUCCUAACUAUGUACCCAAAGUACCAGUCCUCUGAGAAGGUUGAUCAGUUGAGGUCUGAUGAAUACUCACAUUUGUCACCCAAGGUAUGCCUUGAUUACUGUGGUUUUGGACUCUUCUCUUUUGUUCAGACAAUUCACUAUUGGGAGUCUUCUACGUUUAGCCUGUCUGAGAUAACUGCUAAUUUGAGUAACCAUGCACUUUAUGGCGGUGCUGAGAGAGGAACCGUUGAGCAUGAUAUAAAGACUAGGAUCAUGGACUAUUUGAAUAUUCCUGAGAAUGAAUAUGGCCUUGUUUUUACUGUCAGCAGAGGAUCAGCUUUCAAAUUGCUGGCUGAUUCCUACCCUUUCCAUACGAACAAAAAGUUGCUGACCAUGUUCGAUCACGAGAGCCAGUCCAUUGCUUGGAUGGCUCAGAGUGCCAGGGAGAAAGGUGCUAAAGUGCAUAGUGCAUGGUUUAAAUGGCCAACCCUCAAACUCUGCUCCACUGAUUUGAGGAAACAGAUUUCCAACAAGAAGAAGAGGAAGAAGGAUUCAGCCACCGGUCUUUUUGUGUUCCCAGUUCAGUCUAGAGUAACCGGGGCUAAGUAUUCAUACCAGUGGAUGGCCUUGGCCCAGCAGAACAACUGGCAUGUCUUACUGGAUGCUGGAUCAUUGGGCCCCAAGGACAUGGAUUCUCUUGGCUUGUCCCUAUUUCGGCCAGAUUUUAUAGUUACAUCAUUUUACAGGGUUUUUGGAUAUGAUCCCACAGGUUUUGGUUGUCUUCUGAUCAAGAAAUCAGUGAUGCAAAGCCUUCAAAAUCAGUCUGGUUGUACUGGGUCUGGAAUGGUGAAGAUUACCCCGGAGUUUCCAAUGUAUUUGAGUGAUUCUGUUGAUGGUUUGGAUAAAUUGGUUGGGAUUGAAGACGAUGAUGAAAUCACUGGGAUGGGUGAAAAGACUUCUGAAACUCGUCAGGGAACACAGUUGCCUGCCUUUUCUGGUGCAUUCACAUCUGCACAGGUCAGAGAUGUGUUUGAGACCGAAAUGGAUCAAGACAGCUCUGAAAGAGAUGGAACUAGCACCAUAUUUGAGGAGACUGAGAGCAUAUCUGUUGGUGAGGUGAUAAAGAGUCCCAUCUUCAGUGAGGAUGAGUCAUCGGACAACUCAUUUUGGAUUGAUUUGGGUCAAAGUCCUUUGGGAUCUGACAGUGCUGGUCAAUCGAAUAAACAUAAGAUAGCUUCUCCCCUACCACCUUUCUGGUUCAAUGGGAGGAGGAACCAAAAGCAACAUUCUCCAAAACCAACUUCCAAGAUGUAUGGAAGCCCAAUGUACAAUGACAGAGAGGUAAACCUAGGUGCUCACGAGGACCGCCACGUGCUGUCAUUUGAUGCUGCUGUCCUGAUGUCACAGGAACUAGACCGGGUCAAAGAGGUACCUGAAGAAGAGCAUGUCGAGGAAGUUGAUCAUUAUUCAAGAAAUGGUAAUGGGUCAGAUCAUCUGCACGUCAAUGAGAUCCUGGAAGAACCUGGAACCAGUGGAGUAGUCAAUAAUGGAUCUUGGCUCGAUUCAACUUCUCUUGCCAGGCAUCAAAGCUUGGAGAAUGGCUCUACUUCUGAAAUAUGUCCUGAUGUCAAAGAGAGUGCCAUAAGAAGGGAAACUGAAGGUGAAUUUAGGUUGUUGGGUAGGAGAGAAGGGAAUCGUUAUGGUGGUGGUAGGUUUUUUGGUUUGGAAGAGAAUGAAGCCAACAGCAGGGGAAGAAGAGUGUCAUUUAGCAUGGAAGAUAAUCGUAAAGAGUACCUAAGCCAGACCCUAGAGCCAGGGGACAUAUCUGCAACUAGCUUUGAUGAUGAAGAGGUCACAAGUGAUGGAGAAUAUGGUGAUGGACAGGACUGGGGCAGGAGGGAACCAGAGAUAAUAUGUCGGCAUAUCGAUCAUGUCAAUAUGCUUGGUCUCAACAAAACUACACUUCGACUUCGGUUUUUGGUAAAUUGGCUUGUUACCUCGUUACUGCAACUGAAGUUGCCCGGUUCUGAUGGGGGUGAGAAAGCAAAUCUUGUCCAAAUCUAUGGUCCAAAAAUAAAAUAUGAAAGAGGUGCAGCUGUGGCUUUCAAUGUUAGGGACAGGAGUAGGGGGCUAAUCAAUCCAGAGAUUGUUCAAAAGCUUGCUGAAAAAGAAGGAAUCUCUCUUGGCCUUGGUUUUCUUAGUCAUAUACAGAUUCUUGAUAACUCGAGACAGCACCGUGGAGCUCCAAAUCUUGAAGACACAACUCUUUGCAGGCCAAUGGAAAAUGGUUGGCGCAAUGGAAAAGGUAGCUUUGUAAGGCUUGAAGUUGUCACAGCCUCACUCGGCUUUCUGACGAAUUUUGAGGAUGUAUAUAAAUUGUGGGCUUUUGUGGCGAAGUUUCUCAACCCAACAUUUAUCAGAGAAGGAGGGCUUCCUACUGUUCAAGAAGGCUCCGAGGCAUGAGAUGGCAAAUUCGCCCGUGACUUUAUUCAAUUUUGGAAACCGAACAUGAAAGAUUGUUUGUGACAAGUUGCCUACAAAAGAGGCUGCAGCAACAGCCAUAGUAGCUUCAUGAAGAAUGCAUUGAUUGGUGAUGAUUUGUAAGCUCCAAUAUAGAUGCAAACUUAGACAAGUGGGGUGGAUUUGUUAAUUCAUGUUUCUUGUUGCUUACAUUUUUAAUUUUCCUCUUUUGUUUUUUGAGCUGCUUGUAGAGUUGGCUUUAGAGAUUUGUUACAUAUCGGGAAGCCAUGGUGUACUUUGAAGCAAGAUUGUAUGUAUGGGUAGAGAACCUCUACUGAUAUAUAUAAAUCGCUUCUUUUGCAUACAGAAAGGAUUUCCAACUUGUGUAAAAAUUUAGUGUUCAUUUUCAUGCUAUACUGUACCAUACCAUCCAAUUGGUGCUUUCUUUGUUGAUAUGAAUUGGUUCUUAAACCGUA